GCCAGUAUUUCACAGGCAGGCAGGGAGAGAGGCAGUCAACUUGACCUUCACCAGAGCAGUUGUCGACCCUAUCAGAUUGAUCAAGGAAGGGACUAAUACAUACUCCCUCACACAUACUAACACACUAGUGGGGAGACCAGGGCAGAGACCAGACACGCACACUCACUCACCUGGACUAUAUUCUUUACGCUCCAGCUCUACUGGUUCACCUCUUUCCUGACUCGACUGAAGGAACAACAGCACACCCUCCGGCCCUGUCUCCAGCUGCAGUGAUGGGAGCAUAUAGGAGAGUUUGGAGGUUGGGGGGCUGCGUCGGGGCGGUGUUGGCCUGGAUUGGGGCACUGUUCCUGGGUUCCAGCUUGGCCCAGCCUCCCGCUGACUCCUGUCCUACGGGAGUCACUCCCUUGAACCUGAGCCAGCCCCAGUACCAGUCAGUCCCAGGAGCAGACACAGGCUUCAUGUCCGGGGUGGUCCAGUCCUUCCUCCACACCGUCCAGCCCAACCCCUUCCCCAAAGAUUUGCUGGUGAAUUUAUUGGAGGAAAAUGGCAAUAUAUACCACGACGACAAGACCAUUAAAGAGGUCCUUCUCUAUGAAGUUGGUUUCCUAGUGUGUGCUGCUAUAGGGAUCGUGUACAUUAUCCUGAUGCCCCUGGUGGGGUUCUGCCUGGCCUGCUGUCGCUGCUGUGGACGCUGUGGAGGACACAUGUACCAGAAGCAGACUAAAGCUGUCCACUGUCACAGGAGAGGAUUCUACUGGGCUACGUUACUCACCACGCUAGUCAUACUUUCAGGGAACAUCUGCAUGUUCUUCAGCAACCAGUUUCUGAAAGGGAGUGUCGAGGACAGCUCUGUAGAACUCAACAAUACACUUGACAACCUCCAAACCUACCUCACUGCUGUCCCACAGCAAAUUGAUAGUGUGCUGAUAGGGAGCAAUGAGACAGUGGAUGAAGUCACCAGAAGCCUCAAUAAUAUAGGUAAUCUGCUGGGCAAGGAGAUCCAGAGAAGGCUAGAGGGCCCCCUGAAACCUUCCCUGCAGUCUGUCAGAGAUAUAGCCAAUGUGGUGAACAGUACCAGUGUCCUGCUGGUGAGGUUAGACUCUACUCUAACCCAGGUCCGGUCUGAUGUAUCUGUGGUCCAGGCUAAUGUUAGCUCUGUCAGAGACCGCAUCAACAGCACACUGAGAAACCCUAACUGUACUGCGUGCUCGGCCUAUCAGUCAGAGCUACAGAAACUAACAUUUGCCACCACUAUCGCUGUCCCCAGUCUGAGUGAGCUGCAGUCGGCCGUUAAUAACGUCACCGAGGCUGAUCUAAACUCUAAAGUGAAAGAGGGAGAAGACUUCUUUGCCAGUAUUCCCCAAAAAGUGACCAACGACACCAAGGACGUGGUACAGAAUGUGAAGCAGCAGCUUGAAGACAUCAAGAGACAAAUCUCUGAGGUGAAGGGAAACAUCCCUGUCUCUGCCCUCAGAAACAUCUCAGACACACUGGGAGAGGCUCAGAGAUACAUCGGCAUGUACUCACAACAGUCAGAGAGGGUAGAGAUGAUCAGGUGGGGUGUGUGUAUUAUCCUGAGCUGUGCAGUUCUCCUGGUUGUAGUGUGUAACCUCCUGGGUCUGUUUUUGGGCCCGGUUGGACUAAGCCCAAAGGACGAGCCAACAGAACGAUCCAGCACCGCAGACUGUGGAGGAACCUUCCUCAUGGCGGGUGCAGGGCUAAGUUUCCUGUUUUCCUGGCUCUUCAUGCUGGUGGUGUUAGUACUGUUUAUACUGGGAGGAAAUGUCUACACACUCAUCUGCCAGCCCUGGCGCAGUGGACAGCUACUACAGUUUGCUGACACUCCAGGCCUGAUACAUGGCUUCAAUUUAGGAAAGAGACUGGGCCUGAAGAGCAACCUGACACUCACUGAAGUAUACAAUGAUUGUGAAAAGAACAGGCCUCUAUGGACAACACUCCAUCUGUAUGAUCUCAUAGACCUCAAUGCUUUGCUCAACGUGUCCAAAUACACAGAAGAGAUUCAGCAGCACUUUGACAGGAAUGAGAUCAAACUGUCGACCGUCACCCUGCUCACCCGCGACAUACGCAAUCAGCUACACAGCUUCUCUGACAAGGCCCAUGAUGUCGACUUCGGCUCUGUCACACAGCAGAUCAACAAUAUUUCCAGCAUUGAUCUGAGUGAAACAGCAGACAGGCUAGACCAACUGGCUGCUGCUCAAACUGGUGUUAAAUUAGAGCUGACCCGGGAGGCUACAGACCUGAGAGAGAUCCAGUUCUACAUUAACACUGCCAUCAUCCCACAACUGACUCAUUUGAACUCCACCAUAGAUGCCCUCGGUGUCAUAGCGUCGCACAUCGAUCGCACAGUCGGAGAUGUGUUGAGGGAAGUGGGAACAGCUCAAGACUUCCUCAACACUAACACUUCACAGAUUGUCAAGGCCGAGAGUAGGGGGUUCCUAGACUGUCAGAUGGGGUACUUCACGGCGUAUGCUGACUGGGCUAAUUUCACGAUCACUCAGCAGGUUGGUCUCUGUGGCCCAGUGGCUGAAGCUAUGGACUCAGCUGAGGUUAUAGUCUGCUCAAACAUGGUGCAAUCUCUGAAUGCAUUCUGGUUCAGCCUGGGCUGGUGUAUGAUCUUCCUGGUCCCCAGCAUCGUCUUCUCCAUCAAACUGGCCAAGUUCUACAGGAGGAUGAAGCACAGUGAUAACUACGACAACCACAUAGCCAUGAGCAUCAUCCCCCGAGCCAAAGUCCAACCCUACUGAGCUGAGGGAAAGAGGAUUGGCCAGGACUGUUACUGCUCUCAGGGACUAUAACCAUGACUGUCACAACUCCCUGACAAGAGGAUCAUGGAACAUUUCAAACAGAACUCUGUCGCCUAAAUAAGAUCUUUGUUCUUAACGGACUUGCCUAGUUAAAUAAAGGUUAAAUAAAUCAAAUUAAAAUAAACCUUCAUUGAAAAUCAAAUGAUUGUCACUACCAGGACUCUGGCACCCCUACCUAAAACUACUACAUGGAACAUGCUGAACAGGACUAAAGCCAGUCGCAUGGUGUAUUUCAAUAAGGAAGUGCUACUCUCCCUCAGUGAUGGACUGAAACGCAGGAGCGAUCUCUCCCUCAGUGAUGGACUGAAACGCAGGAGCGAUCUCUCCCUCAGUGAUGGACUGAAACGCAGGAGCGAUCUCUCCCUCAGUGAUGGACUGAAACGCAGGAGCGAUCUCUCCCUCAGUGAUGGACUGAAACGCAGGAGCGAUCUCUCCCUCAGUGAUGGACAGAGGAACUGUUUUCUGUAGACAGCAUAUGCACCACACAUGCACCUCAUGUUUCCAUGCUGUGUGUCAGGAAUUAAAGGCCACAUUCUCAAUGUCUGCAGUACACACACACACACACACACACACACACACACAGUGUUGCAGGAUAAAAUGCAAUCUACAUAACCUCAACAUUUCCCACAUGUGGUUCAUGAUAUCUAAUGGAUUGACUGUAUGUAUAUUGUAUGUUUUCAACCAAUAUUUUGGUUUGGAUGUACCAUAAAGAACAUCACUGGCAUUUUUUUUUUUGAAAGGAUUUCGUUAUGGGAAAUGGGACAAACCCUGCUAGUACCACCUGAAUAAUGAUAUAUUUGAUAUAAUGAUAAAGUAUAUAUGAAAUCAAAUAGGGUAGGUAUUCAAUAUAAUGUUUAUGAUCAUUUGAGUAGUUUUUUUGUCUUUAAAAAAAGUUUUUUUAAAUUAAUUAUACUGACUGAAAUAUGUGAUUCCGCUAUGAUAAAAUGGUGUGCCAAAUAAUGAGUAGGAUGUUUGUAUGUUACGAAGCACUUUAUUAGGUCUGUUUUAUAUAUAUAUAUAUAUAUAUAUAUAUUUUAGCAUUGUGCAAAUUACUGUAAUUAAAGAUUUGCUACUGACAGAGA